AACACAUUCCAAUUCCGAUCAGCCCUAGAUACUAAACGCCUACGGCGGUUGUGGUGGUGGUGGGCAGGCGUGGUUGUCACCUUGGUAGUGAAUUUCACUUCCUACUCGUUUUCGGACGAUUCAUAGAGUUGUCGGCCGGGAUCACGAUCAACCCUAGGAAUCAAUUAGUACAGUCGUUCGGCGCUUCGAAUUGGCAAGGCGUGAUUGACUCAAGAUUAAUAACACUAUUUGCGAUCAAUUUUUGGGAGGUUGAUAUUUACAAAUUAACAAGAAUGGCGACGAAUGGAGUUGAAACCCCCCCACCGGGGAAGCCGGAAGCUCCAAUCUUUUGCAUGAAACAACAAGCCGUCACCUCCAAAGGUAUAUGGAGGAAAGACAAUCCUUUAGACUAUCCACUUCCUCUAACAAUGGCUCAAAUCGUCCUCGUCGUUGUCAUCUCUCGAGCGCUUUAUUAUCUUCUGAGGCCUUUGGGACAAACCAAAUUUGUCUGCAAUCUCCUGGGUGGCAUUAUAUUGGGGCCCUCAGCGCUAGGGAAAACAAAGGUAGUAAGGGAGAAGCUGUUCAGAGCAAAAGAUGCUUCUGUGUUUGAGGUAAUAGCUCUAAUGGGCGCAGUAUACUCCAUGUUUAUAAUCGCGGUGAAAUUUGACAAAAACAUGGUGAGAAGGACUGCAAGGAAUGCUUGGAAAAUUGGUCUGCCUGGUUUUAUUAUUCCCUUAGUAAUAACCCUAUCUCUAGUUCACCCAAUAGGCACCACUCUUCCCGGACUCAAAGGAGGAACAUUCUUCCUCUAUUUUAGUUUCUCUACUUUCUCCUUCACUUUCUUCCCGGUCAUAGCUCAGGCCCUGAGUGAACUCAACCUCAUGACUUCCGAGCUAGGUCAACUCGCCAUGUCGUCUUCUUUGGUCACUGAAGCCAUCCAGUGGUUGUCCACGGUUGCACAAAUUGUGUUCUCAAAAAGAAAUCCGAGCCACGGAGUUAUGGCUUUGGUUUCGGUGAUGGCCUUGACGAUUUUCAAUUUCUCAUUUUUAAGACCGCUUGUACUACUAGUGGUUAAAAAAACGCCCGAAGGAAAAGAAGUGAAGGAGGGUUACGUGGUCGCUAUACUGGUUGGGGUUUUGGCCAUGGCAUUGGUCUCCGAUGCCAUAGGUGCAACUCCAGUUACCGGCCCUAUACUUUUUGGGCUAGUCAUACCAGACGGACCACCUCUUGGUGCAACAUUAAUACAGAAGACGGAGUUUGUGGUCUCCGAAUUUCUUCUUCCAGUGCUCUUUUUCCGUGUUGGAUUCAUGGUUGAUGUGUUUUCCUUUAGCGAUUGGGAAAGCUUUGGCAAACUUCAGCUUGUUAUUUGUUUGACGUAUGGAGCAAAGAUUGUUACAGUUACAGUUGCUGCAUUGUUCUGCAAAGUUAGGUUUAAAAAUAGCCUUUUGCUAGGAUUGAUAUUGACCAUCAAGGGUGUCGUAGAUAUUGUCCUUCUUACUCGAUGGAGGUCCAGUAUGCUGAUGGAUGAACAAUCCUAUACUCAAAUCGUGCUCUCUAUGCUCACGGUGACCAUGAUCGCAACACCGGUGGUUCGAUUCUUAUACCAGCCACAAACACGACUUGGACCAUCAACAAAAAACUUACGCAUCAGAAACAUCCAGUCAGCUCGAAACUACCUGGAGUUCAGUAUUCUUUGUUGUGUCCACAAUGAGGAAAGUGUCUGUAGCAUCACCACCCUCCUAGAAUCGUCUAAUCCAACCGAUGCGAGCCCCCUAAUCACCUACGUUGUCCGCGCUGUCGAGCUCAUUGGCCGAGCGGCACCCCUACUAGUCCCUUACAAGAAGAAGUAUCAGGAGGAAGGAAAUAAGAAAUUAAAGCGCUCAAAUUCACCCACACAUCAAAUGAUGCGAGCCUUUUGGAAUUACUCAAUGAACUCAAAAGGACCGGUUUCCAUCCAAGCAUUCACUAUGAUCGCCCCUUACAAAUCAAUGCAUGAGACCGUUUGCCGUCUAGUGGAGGACAAUAACAUACCUCUGAUUCUCUUACCAUUCCAUGAAAACCACCAGUAUAUUGUUGGCGCCACUGUCACGACAGCGAUACGCCAAUUCAACAUCCAUGUACAAAAUUAUUCCCCCUCUACAGUUGGAUUACUAGUCGAAAGAGGCUUGUCAACUCGGUUAAGCGUGUCCCACUUUUCCUACAAUGUGGCAGUGUUUUUUAUUGGCGGGCCAGAUGAUCGCGAAGCAUUGGCCUACGCUUGGCGCAUGUCUGGCAACCCGGACGUGGGCAUCACGGUGUUCAGGUUUGUACUGCAGAAUAAAGUAAUUGCAGCCAACAAGGAUGAGGAGACAGAAGAGAUACUCGACCAGGCAUUGGUGGACGAGUUUAAGAUAAGGAACAUUGGGAAUGAUUGUGUGAUCUGGCGAGAUAUCGAGGUGGAUGAUAGUGUGCAGCUCAUGGACGCCAUUAGGAACUCGCAAGGGGAUUAUGAUCUUGUGUUGGUUGGGAGGCGGCACACGGAUAUUUUAUUGAGGGAUGAAGAAAUGACAGAAUUUGUGCAGAAUCCGGAACUGGGAGUGAUAGGUGACAUGCUUGCUUCCCCGGAUUUUUGCGGGGGAAUGGUGAAUGUGUUAGUUUUGCAAGAAAGCAAGGAAUUGAGCAACGGAGCUUUUCGUAGUGGCUCCAUGAAAGGGUCGGAAAGUAAAUUUAAGUUUCAUGGGUAACAAUUUAUUCCUCAUGUCACAAAAUUUGUGUUAUAUACAGUUUUUAAAAUAUCGACGAAAUUGUCAAAAUAUUUAAAAAAA